AGUAUAUGAGUAUUGAUCUGAAUUAUCGGAAAAAUGCAGACGAAUUUUCUCGAAAUUUUGUUUCGGAAUCCAAAUCACGGGUGAAAGGGCUGUAAUCUGAUAAUACACCUUAGUUCCCUAUGCCAUAAUUUCUUCGAUUCCGAGGGGUGAUCUGAACUAUAAGGAUUCUAAUGAAAGAUAGUACAACUAUGAACAGCAACCUUUAGGUACUUCGAUUGAUAUUUGGAAGAUUAAGAGAUAAUAUCGUAUCUAGUUUGUACGCUUCAGCCUAUCUGUAAAAGUACUUGGCCACCAUUAAAUGUAUUCUCAGGUUUCUUCUACCCUUUGAACUUCUUGGAUAAGGCGAACUGUGUUUUGUCUUGUCUGUUGUUCGAGAUCUAUCAUAAAAUAGCGAGAACAGAAAAUCGCUCUCACUUUUAGGGUUGAUUGUUUUCAGGAAUGAAUGGUUGAAGCUCCUUCCGCAAUUUCAGCAUCAAUUUGUGCAAAACUUUGCAAUUUAACAAUCCUAGUUAUAUCAGUUGGUUAUUAUUAAUUUGCUUUACCGAGGACGACUUAAACAUAUUUAGCUUUAAAAUGUCCAAUAGUGAAGAUAGUAUUGGCAUCGAUUACCCUGAAAACGAGCUGUUUGAUGACAGCACACCGUCGGUCUCGUCAAAUGCGACCUCAUCGGAGCCGAGAAAAACCGAUUCGUUUCAAAAGUCGGAAAGAUCGAAGUCAACGUCUUACGAACCCGAAUUCUCUGAAGAUUCGCCCGACGGAAGCAGUGGAUCUCGUGGCAGGACCAAGACGUUCCUGGAGACAUGUGCCAUCGCUGAAGACUUAGGCAACGAGAAGUAUCCACAGCUGGCGAAGCUGCAGUUUUUGGAAGUGCUGGCCCGUGAUCAUUACGAGAGGCCUCUGGUCGUGAUAUACGGGUGUAGAUUGCCAGUGCUCAGAUCCAGCAACCAGCCAGAAGUGGUGUCUUACAUUAAAGAAACUCUGGACUUGCUGGUGGAGAACGAAUACGAUGCGAUCUACUUCCACUACAGCUCCAACAUGUCAGCCAUGAGUCAGAUGUCCGCACUCAGGAAGAGUUACGGCGAGUUCGACCGCAAGUACAAGAAGAACAUCAAGACACUCUACGUCGUCCACCCCAACCGAACCAUGAUGGUCCUCUACAACAUGUUCAAAGGCUUCAUCAGCAAAAAGUUCGAGAGAAAGUUACGACUGGCGAAAAACUUACACGAGCUAGAAUCGGUUGUGAAUUUGGAACUCAUGCACAUACCGAUGUCUAUCAAAAGCUACGAUUCGGGUCGAAAUGCCUGGUCAGAGUUCGGCAAAGAGUUCUCACAAGUGUCCUUGGACUCACGAGGGGUCCCGUAUUUGUUCACGGAGGCAGUGGACUAUCUGCGACGCACGAAAGCUACUUCAGAAGUCACGGGACUUUUCCGAGUGUCGGGAUCGGGCAAUAAUCAGAAAUCGCUGGCCAAAAAGUACAGCAUAUCUCCGGAAACGUUUCAGAUUCCAGAAAAAACGAAUGCACACGACGUGACAGGCCUUGUGAAGCAAUUUUUGAACCAACUUCCAACUCCGAUUCUCUACUUCGGAGUUCUCAAGUUGCCGAAUUAUGAAGACGAUACAAUUGAAGACUACAUUGUUAAUAACUUGGACGACAAUGCGAAAGCCUCUCUACUCGUGUUGUUCGAGCUUUUCGAAGAAAUUAUUUCGAAUAAAGCCAAAAACUCUAUGAGUGAAGAUAACUUGAUGCGAUGCACAGCUUUGAGUCUUGCCUGGUCAGAAACAGCAGAUAUGAAUGACCUUCAGAAAAUGGAAUCUGUUUUCUAUGUUCUGCUGAAAAAAUAUCAGACUAUAUUGGUCUAAAUUGCGUGAUGGUUGAAUUGUUUGUACAAUGGUUAAUAAUUUAAUUAUUGCGGCCGCAAUAGGAGUAAAGCUAGUUUUGUAAAUUCUGAAUUAAUAUAUCCCUUUUCUAUCUGCUCAGCUUGAAUUAAUCAGGUAUUUGACACUUGAA